UUGAAACUGCUGUUGGCCUACUGGGUUAUGCGUGCGGAAAAAUUUGCACACUUGGCAAAGCGUGUACUAACGGCUUAAGGGCAACGAAAGGUUGCCCUCAAGGAGGAGUCCUCUCACCACUAAUGUGGUCCUUGGUUGUAGACGAUCUUCUAAGAAGCUUGAAGGAAAAAGGUUUCGAAGUUGUGGGCUUUGCAGACGAUAUAGUCAUAAUAGUGUAAGAAUAUUAUUUUCCUACACAUCUGAGGAUUGCGGACUGAAAUUUGACAGCAGCCAGGCUGCUGUCAAACCUCCAAAAUCAUCAGAGUGUGCCUGGAUACAAGUUUGGUAUGCUUAGUCACGCUAAAACAAGUGAAACAUUUAAUGACACACAAACUUUGCCGUCAGAUACGAAAACGUUUAAAACAUUUUAUCUGUGAGAAAAUUAUGUAUGAAACUUGCCUGAAAUUUGUAAAUUAUUCUUCCAAGCCCAUAAUGACAAAGCCAGCUGAAUAUACGUUUUAUUGUAGCUUUUACUGUAAUCGAUAUGUUUGAGCCUUGGUUUAAACGUUGUGUGAAGUAGUUUAUGCGUGCACUUCGAAAUUGAUCUCCAUAGAGAUAAGAAACUUUACAACGGGGAGCACUGGAAGAAAGAGUACGUGCUCAAAUUGAAUGACCAAAAAAGUUGAGUUCGCAUCCCUCAGCUACACAUAUAAAAUUAAACAUUUGAAUUCAAACGUAAAGCUAAAUGUCCUUUUUUUGGCGUGUAGCACAUUACCCUUACAGCUACACUUGAAUGACCAUACUAUUUUAUAUACAUACGCCACCAUCCUGUGGAAGCUCAUUUGACAUGAAAUAUUUCGGCAUGAGAGGUCUAAAGCUCGCGAUAAAAAAUCAUAGUAUAUGUUAAGGCGCAAUAUUUAAAUUGGAAUGUACUAAUGCGCAAUUUCCCAGUGACCUCCAAAUCUAAUGGUAUUAUUUGAAAAUGCGUUUGAAAAUAAAAGAAAAUCUCUCUCCCAAAACUGACCAAUGCUAAAAGAGGAUAAAACCAAACUGCACAGCAUUCGGAUGCAAUUGCGACUUAAUUUAAUAGCUAAUCCCAUUUUGAAUCGCGAAUGCGUUUCUAUUCUGGUGGAGUACUUAGUCGUGAUCAGACGCAUUUUCGCUAAGUGAUCAGGAAAUUUCAAAGUGUGAAGUUGAAGAUUAAAAUAGAAAACUUUAAUUUAUUUCCUAACUAAACUCGAAGUUUUUAGUUGAAUUUUUUGAGUCGUAGAAUUAGAACGAAAAUUGUGAAAAGUGAACGAAAAGGAAACGUAUUAUCAGGUAAGCUAGUGCAACCAUUGGUGAAUCAAAUUAGGAGUUUAAACUUGGAUUACGUUGUUUAGGCGUUAGUGGCCCAACAACGUGGGCGGCCAGUGCAGGCUUAUUGUGAACCACUGCAGAGGGUGGCAUUUUUCCACCUCCCACUCGAUCCUCAAUCAACAAUCUGUCGGACAACCCGAGCCGUCCAAACCAGUUGCUCGAAACGACGUGGUUGUUGUCCCGGCUAAGCACGUGAUCGCUCGUCGCGUAAAGUCGUGAGGCGUAGAGCUAAGCAACCGAAGCUCGGAUUCCACCAAUACCGGGGACGCAUUCACCCCGAUGUCCAACGCUCACGCACGAGUGAAUCGGUUUUGGAUCAUCUCACAACGCCGCAGUUUCAUGCCUUCCAAGCCUCUCCUUGUCGUCGGAUGAACGCUACAAAACACCCGCCGAGGGAGCUACGCCUGUAAAGACAAGGUCAGAUUAUAUGGUUCACCAAAUAGGGCCUGUAUAGUAAAUUUAGGCAAACACAAUUUUGAAUUUAAACCCAAACGUGACGUCACACUCUAGUUUCACCUGAGAGCGAACUUGAAUUAAAAUUCUCAGAAUUUGGAUUGUGAAACUCCAAAAAUUCAACAUUUUUGUAGAAUAGUUUUUUUUUUAAUGAAUUCGAAUCAAUAAAUGAAUAAAUGAAAUUAGUUCGAGUUUAGUUGUGACUUCCCCAGAUACGGUCGUCACUUGUUAGAAUAAAUUCAAUUUAGGGUUAGUUCUUUGGAUUGAACGGCUUUGCACCAUUCCGUUUUGGGGAAUUUGGAGAUUGGAAUUCCGCUCAAAGAAAUACCAUCAGGUUGGGAUCUCUGUUAGCGUUAAAGUGAACCGUUAUUCUGAAGAAACUGUUUCAACCUGCCUUGAGAAAGGCAGUCUCAUGCCGGGGUACUCGCAAAUGAGUUAACGGUCCUUCGAGAACGAAGGUGGCGCUUAAGCCGUUGACUUGGCAAACAGAAUUAAUUGUUACAUUUUGGCGCCCAACGUGGGGCCAGAGCGAAAUGGUCAAAACUAGUGAAAUCGAUUAAGAAGUUUCGGGUUUGAAUUGGAUUAGAAUUGAAGUAUUAGUUAAGUUGGGAUUUGGUGUAAGAAUACGUUUGUUGCAUAUUAGUUAGUAUUCGGUUCAUUUGAAUUCGUUUAGAUUAGACACCCUUUAAACAUUUUUCUUUCUUAUUAAAUUAUUUGUAAGAUUGGUCUGCCAUAAUGGAAGCCUAUAAGAUUCAUGCAAAUGACCUCAUGGAGAGUGAAUUAGAUUAUGAACUUUCCAUUAGAAAUUGUUCGACGCACGAACCGAUUGUAUCUAAAAGACGCACCCUUCGCAGACUGUUGCGUGCGUCUGAGGACCCAGAACUUGUUCUUGCCUCGCGUUAUGAAUUUGAAUCAGACUACGCCAGGAUUCCAUUGGUUUUGCAGGAAAUGGAAAAUCAAAUGGCUUCGGGCGUAGCAGGGGGUUAUCUGUCACGGUUAGUGCAUUAUCACAAGCGUGUUCGUCGGUAUGUGCCACAGAAUAACCAGCAAGAAGAACAUCAACGGAUUCUAUUGUACAUCAUUAACAGAUUGGCUAAAAAGUACUAUGGGGUUGACUUCCUGGAAGCGAAUUGGCUGGUACCGACGUGCCGAAUCAUUCCUGUCGGGAACCAAUCCCACGCGGCGAGUCUUCGCAAUGACCUCCCGGCGUCAAGUCGCACUGGAACAAUACCGAAACAGUCAGCAGCGGUUUCUGGGUUACUUGGGGUAGCUCUGGCAGGUGAUAAUAAUCGCGCCAACGCCCGUGGAGAGGAACCAUCGAUCGAAGAAGGAGCGGUCGGCGGUAGUACGUUUCCGGUCGCCGAUCCACCGUCGUUUCCCUUCAAUUCUUACCAGGAGAGACCAGUGUCCAGUCGUAUUCAGCCCGAGGAUAGAGGUCGACGUCGUCAGUCAGCGCCAGCUGGACCGGAGCAUUAUGUCGAAACUACAGAUACUGUCGCAACAGAUGCACAAAGGACUUCGAGCGUAAACGCAAAACCCGGAACGAAUCCUACUUUCGAAGGAAGACAGCAAACGCCACCCUCUUCCCAGAUGGAUUUCUUCAAUCAAAGGACGGCUAGUAGAAGCAACCCGGGAAUGAGGCAGGAUCCUCCGGCGCAGGUAAUGUCCAAUGCGGGAUUAGAUCGCCACGGUAUUAGUGCUGCGUCGUCACCUGCUCCUAGCCCAUCUGAAACCAGAAAUGUCAAUGUGAAUGAAUACGUUCAUGCGGCAGAUAUUGAAGUAUAUGUGCAAUCUUACCUUACUAGGAUGUUACGCAGUGCACCUCAGCUGCCCGCCGUUACUGCUACGGUCGUCGCUCAGCUAACUGAUCAAAUCAACAACGUCAGAUUCCAGGACCCAGAAGUAUCCAGGAUUUCCAGAGAAAUGCCUGAGGACCCAUCUUCGCGAAUGUCAACUCCGUUGCCAUUACGGAUGCCGGUGCGGAAUCCGUCUUCGAGUAAUCCUUUCCUGGAAGGUGAAGUAGAGAAUCGUGAUUAUCGAGGAGAAAUUUCACCUAUGAGUGUGGGAUCACGUGCCGUACCAGGUACUCACGGUACCGCGCCACCGGGACAACAUCUGUACGACCCCAACGUCCCUAUUCCCGGACGGCACCUGUCUAUGGCAACAGACUACCCGAGACGACUUCCUCAUCAACAGUGCAACAUUAUCGAAAAAUGGCCUAAAUUCAGUGGAGACAACAACGCAAUUCCGGUGUCAGAUUUCCUGCGACAGAUUGACAUCUUGUGUCGGUCAUAUGCUAUCAGCAAGCCCGAAUUACGUAUGCACGCCCACUUGUUAUUUAGAGACAGUGCCUACGUGUGGUUUACUACGUAUGAAGGAAAAUGUGACACGUGGGAGUCGUUAGAAGCGUAUUUGAAGAUGAGAUUUGACAACCCUAAUCGUGAUCGUCUGAUUCGUGAGGAACUACGAAAUCGCAAGCAGAGACCAAAUGAGUUGUUCAGCGCAUUUUUGACGGAUAUUGAGACAUUGGCACAACGAAUGAUUAAAAAAAUGUCGGAACAAGAAAAACUGGAAUUGGUAGUGGAAAAUAUGAAAAUUAGCUACAAGCGUCGACUUGCGUUGCAACCUGUGCUAUCCAUAGAGCAGUUGGCACAAUUAUGCUUCAAGUUUGAUGCUUUGGAACCGAACUUGUAUCAGGUUGGAGGAGCUUCUAAAACAGCGGUACAUCAGUUGGUAGUCGAAGAGGAUUCUGAUGACGCAGAAGAACAUGAACAUUCAGAGGAAGUAUACGCCUUGUUUGGACAGAACCCUAAGUCGAAUCGAAACGUUCAACGUAACGAAGCGGAUGGAACGAAACGGAAAGGCCAGAGAAUAGGAGGAAUGCAGUCUCAAGCUCUAUGUUGGAACUGUAAAGAGAUAGGGCAUAUGUGGCGUGAGUGUGACCAGAGGAAAACCAUUUUUUGUCAUGUGUGUGGACACACUGAUACCACAGCCUUCCAGUGCCCUAAUAAACAUGACCUUGGUCCCAGAGGAAACGAUGGGCAAAAAAACGAAUAAAAGAGGAGACAAUCGGGAACGUGUCUUCCUCCGCUUCAGAACCAUCGAUUCCCACCCACAAUUAUACCCUGUUUUCUAAUAUUUGCACCAUCAAUACAUCGCUUCGUAAAUGUCCACACGUCAGAGUCAACAUAUUAUCCGAAGAAUUAGAAGGUUUGGCAGAUACAGGUGCGAGUAUAACUAUACUAAGUUCCCUGAAGUUGAUUAACAAACUUGGAUUCAAAAUUCGUCCCAUCAACUUGAGGAUCUCGACCGCCGAUGGAACUCCUUAUCGUUGUCUCGGAUACGUGAAUGUACCCUUUUCCUAUGGGUCUACUACGCACGUAAUCCCAACAAUCGUAGUACCAGAACUUAAGAAGGAUUUAAUCUUAGGAGUCGGCUUUCUUGAAAAAUUCGGAUUCCAUCUGAUUGGACCUACCAUCCACGAACCCGAAAAUGUAGUGAAUUCGUUGGACUUAGUGUGCAACGAAGAUUACUUCGCCGAGACGGAGGAAAAGAUCUGCUUCCAAAUUCAUCCGUAUGCAGAUAACCAGCAGUCUGAAACCAUAGAAAAGGAAAUCGAUGAAAGCUUAGAAAUGCCCACGGUGGAACUGCCGGAAGGAAUUUUUGAGUCACCCAGCCAAUUAGAAUCGGAACAUCCAUUGACAGAGGAAGAACGCCUGCGAUUGUUCGAGGUGGUUCAAAAGUUACCGGCAACCAAAGACGGGUCUCUCGGGAGAACGCACCUUAUUAAACACUCGAUAGAGCUGAUUCCUGGAGCCAAACCUAAGAGAAUGCCAUCCUACCGUUGGUCACCGGUAGUAGAGGAAAUAAUUGAUACGGAAGUGGAUCGGAUGAAGAAGUUAGGAGUAAUCGAAGAAUGUCCUCGGCCUGUUGAGUUUUUGAAUCCAUUACUACCCAUUAAGAAAGCUAAUGGUAAAUGGCGUAUAUGUUUAGAUUCGCGGCGUCUAAAUCAGAGUACGAAAAAGGACGACUACCCUUUCCCGAAUAUGAUCGGCAUUCUGCAAAGAAUUGAAAAAUCAAAGUAUUUUUCAGUGAUCGAUCUUUCAGAAUCCUAUUACCAGGUUGCUCUGGAGGAUAGUGCCAAGGAUAAAACAGCUUUCAGAACCAACAAAGGGCUAUACCGCUUCGUAGUCAUGCCCUUUGGGCUCACUAAUGCGCCCGCUACCAUGGCCAGAUUGAUGUCGCGCGUUUUGGGACACGACCUAGAACCCAAAGUGUACGUAUAUUUAGACGACAUUAUCAUUGUCUCGGAUUCCUUAGAGGAGCACCUCCGGUUGAUAAGGAUUGUAGCGGAUAGACUUCGCGCUGCGGGAUUGACGAUCAACCUGAUGAAGAGUAAGUUUUGUCGAACUCAAAUCAAAUAUCUGGGUUAUAUACUAUCCGAGCAAGGACUAUCAAUGGAUGUAGGAAAGAUUCAGCCCAUUCUCGACUACCCCAGUCCUAAGACGGUAAAGGAUAUUAGAAGGCUUUUGGGAUUGGCUGGAUUUUACCAGAAAUUUAUAAGGAACUACUCAGAGAUCGUGACACCAAUCAGUAACCUGCUGAAAAAGGAUCGAAAAAAAUUCUUGUGGACCAAAGAAGCUGAGGAAGCAUUAGAGAAACUUAAAGCAGUCUUAGUAUCUUCUCCGGUGUUAGCAAAUCCCAAUUUCGGUCAACCGUUCAUCAUAGAAACUGACAGUUCAGACUCAGCCAUCGGAGCGGUUCUCGUUCAAAAUCAGGAAGGCGAAAGAAAAACUAUAGCUUAUUUCUCGAAGAAGCUGUCUAGCACACAAAAAAGAUAUAGUGCCACAGAACGGGAGUGCUUGGCGGUCCUGCUAAGUAUAGAACAUUUUAAGCACUUUGUUGAAGGAUAUCAGUUUAUCGUACAAACAGAUGCUAUGAGUUUGACAUUUUUGCAAACAAUGUCCAUAGAAUCUAAAUCGCCUCGCAUCGCCCGUUGGGCACUCAAACUGGCAAAGUAUGAUAUACUGCUGCAAUAUAAGAAGGGAGCAGAAAAUAUUCCGGCAGACGCGCUUUCUCGAUCCAUCUACAACGUAGAAGUAAGUCUAGAGGACCCGUACAUCUCCCAAUUGAAAAGGGUCAUCGAGAAACAACCACAACGCUAUUCAGACUUCCGAAUAAAGGACGGAAAAGUGUAUAAAUUCGUUACCAACUCGAGUCUCCCAGAGGAUGCCGGAUGCCGUUGGAAAUACGUGGUUCCCAUGAAUGAACGUCUCUCGCUUAUCAAAGCGAUUCACGAGGAAGCUCAUUUGGGAUUUAUGAAGACGAUGUUGAAGAUAAAGGAGCGAUACUAUUGGCCCAAAAUGGCUGCGGAGAUACGCCGAUAUUGCCAUAAUUGCACGAUUUGUAAAGAAUCCAAGAUCCUCAACACGAACGUGACUCCAGUAUGUGGGAAACCAAAGUUAUGCUCGCGUCCGUGGGAAAUGAUUUCUAUGGAUUUUCUUGGACCUUACCCCAGAUCCAAAAGAGGAAAUAUCUGGCUGCUAGUGGUAUGCGAUUUCUUUUCAAAAUUUGUGAUGAUUCAAUGCAUGCGUACGGCCACUGCCAAUUCGGUCUGCACAUUCGUUGAACAUCUUAUUUUCAACCUAUUUGGUGCACCGGCAGUAUGUAUCACGGACAAUGCCAAAGUCUUUACCGCGGAGCUGUUCGAAAAACUUUUGGUAAAGUACGGGGUGAGUCACUGGAACCUAGCGGUAUACCACCCUAGUCCAAACCCGACGGAAAGGGUCAAUAGAGUCAUUGUAACCGCCAUACGCUGCACUUUGAAUCAACAAACAGAUCACCGCGACUGGGAUAAAUCAGUUCAUCAAAUCGCCAAAGCCAUCCGGACUACGGUGCAUGACAGCACCGGUUUUACUCCUUUUUUCGUUAAUUUUGGAAGAAAUAUGGUCAGUUCCGGUUCGGAAUACGAACUAAUGCGAGAAUCUGAUCAAGAUGCGAACCAACUAGGAGAAGAAAUGAAGGAUUUGUUCGAAUUGGUGCGAAAAAACCUUAUGAAAGCCUAUCAACGAUAUGCUCAGCCAUAUAAUCUUCGUGCUAACGUAAAUCAUAACUUCCACAAAGGACAGGAGGUCUACAAGAAGAACGUCCACCUCUCGGAUAAAGGCCGUGACUUCGUCGGAAAGCUGGCGAACAAGUUUACCAAAGUCAGAGUAAAAGAAGUUCUGGGAACAAAUUCCUAUCGAUUAGAAACUCUAGAAGGUAAGACCAUCCCGGGAACUUACCAUGGAUCCUUCCUGAAGCGAGCCUAAGUUUAUCAGGCUAUGACGGUGCAGUUGCACAAAAACAAUGAGGCAUACAACAGUCCGGUGUCGAGAUGUCAGUUCAUGUUUCCUCCACCGUAGACCAACUUCAUAACACAGAAACCCUGAAGGGAAGAACGUUGAGCUAUGGCUGUAGAGAACUUCCAGCUCGCAGCACUAAUCUUGAUUCACAGAAAACACUCCUUAGAGGCAUUUCAUCUCGGUGUUUGAGACGUCCUUUUAGGUUUCCUCGCACUUGUUUACAUAUAGGAAGACGGCAGAACCAUUCGCGGUUAGCGCCCCUAGAAUAGUACCUAGAAAUUAUAAACAGAUCGGUUCGUUACAUUCAUUUGAAUUGGCUAAAUUUCCACUUACUUGCAAUAGAUUCCGGCUUAAAUACACGCCAAUAAGCUUCCGUAUAACUUUAACUACCGCGGCACACCUAAACUCCUAAAUUUCAGUUUGUUUUUCUCUUUAAUUUUCUAGAUUUCCUACCUUUUUCCCGUAUAAAACCGAAUAGCUCAAACGAAAUGUUUGUUUAUGUUGUGUUCGAGCAAAUUAGCUGUUCGAAUAAGAUCGAUGACGUAUGCAGGUCCGACAAGUACCUGUGACGUUCAGGUUGCGUUUUGUGAUGUUUUCGUUAUCAAGCUGUUAGGGAUGUUCAGGUAUGAAAGAGCUUUUAGGGAUGAACGAAAAACCUUAGACUUUGAUUGUUUUUUAUAAUUAAUGAGUCUGAAGAAAGCAUUUCCAAUUAUCAUUGGAGUAAUUAGGUUAAAUUUUGACAAGUAUUUUCAGAUAUCUCUGAAGUAAUUUGGAUCUUGAGAUUAGUGAGGUUUUCAGCCUACGUAGCUGGAGUAAUUCGGUUCUGUUUUAGGAAAAUAGACACUUGAGUGCAUAGCUGCGAGAAAAUGAGAGAUGAUGGAAAAUAUUAGGAAUGAGAGUAUCAGAAGGAACAGUUUAAUAGCGAAAACGUAUAGGUAAGAUAGGAUAAAUCCCAACUUAGUGUAUUGAUUGGUGGUAAAUUAAUUGAAAAAAAGUAGUUAUUAUUUGAAAAUGUAGUAUUUCUGAGUAUAAAAAUUUUGAAAUUUGUUUUCAAAUUUCAAAAUUUUUAGAUUAGUAUUGGCGAAUGUAAGAAUAUUAUUUUCCUACACAUAUAAAAUUAAACAUUUGAAUUCAAACGUAAAGCUAAAUGUCCUUUUUUUGGCGUGUAGCACAUUACCCUUACAGCUACACUUGAAUGACCAUACUAUUUUAUAUACAUACGCCACCAUCCUGUGGAAGCUCAUUUGACAUGAAAUAUUUCGGCAUGAGAGGUCUAAAGCUCGCGAUAAAAAAUCAUAGUAUAUGUUAAGGCGCAAUAUUUAAAUUGGAAUGUACUAAUGCGCAAUUUCCCAGUGACCUCCAAAUCUAAUGGUAUUAUUUGAAAAUGCGUUUGAAAAUAAAAGAAAAUCUCUCUCCCAAAACUGACCAAUGCUAAAAGAGGAUAAAACCAAACUGCACAGCAUUCGGAUGCAAUUGCGACUUAAUUUAAUAGCUAAUCCCAUUUUGAAUCGCGAAUGCGUUUCUAUUCUGGUGGAGUACUUAGUCGUGAUCAGACGCAUUUUCGCUAAGUGAUCAGGAAAUUUCAAAGUGUGAAGUUGAAGAUUAAAAUAGAAAACUUUAAUUUAUUUCCUAACUAAACUCGAAGUAAGUAACCGCGAGUUAAAUUUAGAUUAAAUUAUUUAAAUGAGUUUUUCCUAGGUUUUUAGUUGAAUUUUUUGAGUCGUAGAAUUAGAACGAAAAUUGUGAAAAGUGAACGAAAAGGAAACGUAUUAUCAGGUAAGCUAGUGCAACCAUUGGUGAAUCAAAUUAGGAGUUUAAACUUGGAUUACGUUGUUUAGGCGUUAGUGGCCCAACAACGUGGGCGGCCAGUGCAGGCUUAUUGUGAACCACUGCAGAGGGUGGCAUUUUUCCACCUCCCACUCGAUCCUCAAUCAACAAUCUGUCGGACAACCCGAGCCGUCCAAACCAGUUGCUCGAAACGACGUGGUUGUUGUCCCGGCUAAGCACGUGAUCGCUCGUCGCGUAAAGUCGUGAGGCGUAGAGCUAAGCAACCGAAGCUCGGACUCCACCAAUACCGGGGACGCAUUCACCCCGAUGUCCAACGCUCACGCACGAGUGAAUCGGUUUUGGAUCAUCUCACAACGCCGCAGUUUCAUGCCUUCCAAGCCUCUCCUUGUCGUCGGAUGAACGCUACAAAACACCCGCCGAGGGAGCUACGCCUGUAAAGACAAGGUCAGAUUAUAUGGUUCACCAAAUAGGGCCUGUAUAGUAAAUUUAGGCAAACACAAUUUUGAAUUUAAACCCAAACGUGACGUCACACUCUAGUUUCACCUGAGAGCGAACUUGAAUUAAAAUUCUCAGAAUUUGGAUUGUGAAACUCCAAAAAUUCAACAUUUUUGUAGAAUAGUUUUUUUUUAAUGAAUUCGAAUCAAUAAAUGAAUAAAUGAAAUUAGUUCGAGUUUAGUUGUGACUUCCCCAGAUACGGUCGUCACUUGUUAGAAUAAAUUCAAUUUAGGGUUAGUUCUUUGGAUUGAACGGCUUUGCACCAUUCCGUUUUGGGGAAUUUGGAGAUUGGAAUUCCGCUCAAAGAAAUACCAUCAGGUUGGGAUCUCUGUUAGCGUUAAAGUGAACCGUUAUUCUGAAGAAACUGUUUCAACCUGCCUUGAGAAAGGCAGUCUCAUGCCGGGGUACUCGCAAAUGAGUUAACGGUCCUUCGAGAACGAAGGUGGCGCUUAAGCCGUUGACUUGGCAAACAGAAUUAAUUGUUACAAUAGUGAGAGGAAAGUAUGACGAAACUGUUUCGGAGAGAAUGCAAAGGGCUCUAAACUAUACACAUUCAUGGUGCAUUAAGGAGGGCCUUAGCAUCAACCCGUCAAAAGUCGUAAUUGUCCCUUUCACUAGGAGAAGGAAGAUCAACCUAAAAGCUUUUCGGCUUGGAGGGAUACAAAUUCAUCCUAGUGAUCGAGUCAAAUACUUAGGUUUGAUACUGGAUGCUAAACUGAACUGGAAUGCUCAAAUUGAGUCCGUGAUCGGUAAGGCAACAGGUGCGUUCUGGUUAUGCUCCAAAACUAUUGGCAGGAAGUGGGGCUUGAAACCAAAAAUGAUAAUGUGGAUUUAUACUGCCAUAAUCCGCCCAAAAGUGACGUAUGCUUCGUUUGUCUGGUGGCCAAAAACAAAAGAGGCUACCACGCAAUCAAAGCUUGCGAAAAUUCAACGUCUUGCGUCCAUUGCUGUUACAGGAGCGAUGCGAAGCACACCAUCAAAAGCUUUAGAUGCGAUUCUCAAUCUGCUACCCUUGCACGAAUACGUGCAAUUAGAAGCAGAAAAGGAAUUGCUGAGACUUGAACGAGUUGAAAAGUUUAUGCCAGGUGAUCUUGUAGGUCACCUGAGCAUUUCACAAUAUUUUCAAAAUAGGCCAGUAAUGAAAAUGAUUAAAGACUGGAUGAAACCUGUGGAGAACCAUGAUGUUCCUUACAAGUUGCACGAAACAACUCGUGCAGAUUGGGAAGUCGGAGGUCCCACUGUUCGUCAAGGAUCAAUCAAAUUCUAUACAGAUGGCUCAAAAGUUGGAAUAAAAACGGGAGCAGGAAUCUACGGCCCUGGAAUACAAAUUUCAGUGGCGAUGGGACACUAUCCUACGGUGUUUCAUGCAGAGAUUCUUGCUAUUUUGAAAUGCACAAACAUCUGCCUUGAGAGAAAAUACAGAUAUGCAAAUAUUUGUAUUUUCUCAGAUAGUCAAGCUGCACUAAAAGCAUUGUGCGCUUACAAAUGUACUUCAUAGCUUGUCUGGGAAUGCAUUCUUUCACUGCGCAGGCUGUGCCAAGGGAAUUCAGUAAACUUAUACUGGGUUCCAGGUCACUGUGGCAUUGAAGGGAAUGAAUGGCAGACGAGCUUGCUAAAAAUGGUUCCAAUUUACAGUUUGCUGGCCCAGAACCAUUCUGUGGUAUAUCAAACUGUACAAUUAAAAUGGACCUGAAACGCUGGGCUGAGCAGAGGGUGAUAUCCAAUUGGAUGGACGUCAAAAAUUGCAAUCAGUCAAAACGAUUUAUAACACCAAAUGCUUAUAAAACCAAAAAGCUCUUAGAGCUGAACAAGAGAGCUCUAUGUACAUACACUGGCCUAGUAACUGGACACUGCCCGAGCAGGUAUCACUUGAAAAAUAUAGGCCAUAUUCAGAGUGAUAUCUGUCGUUUCUGUAAUAUGGAACGUGAAACCUCGGAACAUCUGCUUUGCAGUUGUGGUGCUUUAUACACGCGCAGGCAAAGAUUUCUAAAUAGUGGUUGCUUGCAACCCAGUGAGAUCUGGUCUGCAAAACUUGGGAAGGUCUUGGAGUUUAUCAAUUCCAUUGCACCUGACUGGGAGACGACGCGUCGUGGCAGUAGCUGAUUACUUGACACAUGGUAAUUAGCUGGCUAGAUGCGAAUAUCAAAACGGGACAUGCCACAAAAGUUCAGCCUAUUGGACGCAGUGGCUUAAUUUCCCCAACAGGGGAGGAAAAAAAAAGCAUUAUUUAUGGCAACACUUUGAGCGGCAUGAUGGAACUAUGCCUAGCGCGCUAAGUGUUAUUAGACCACUAAUGUAGUUGCAUGAAGUGGGUGACGAGGUACAUAAGUAUCAUUACAGCGUGCUUAACCGUUAUUGCAAUAUUGAGGCUCCAGUUUGACUGAACUAUGAAAUAUGUAUAUAACAACUCAUGAGAAAACUGUCAAGUUCGAUUCAACUAUAAGUUAGGGUAAAAAGCAAAGACGAACUUAUAUCAGAAGUCGUUUCAGUGUCCAGUCCAGUCCUUAUGUUAAAAAUGGCUCUACGUAUAAAUCGCAUUUAAUUCGGUUGUGGUACAAGACAAGUUCACAUGAGAGAAGAAGAGAAAGAAUAGUGUUGAACUCAUCCACUGAUUUACGGUAAUCUGGCCUGCGUCUUUCCGGGUUGACCUACAUUCGUAUUCCUCUCAUCGCACUCUACAUUCCUAGCCCGCCAUAUCUCUUGGAUAUGCAGUCCUUAGGACACCUGGUUUACCACUAUUUAAACAUUUUAUUGAUUUUAAAUGUUUCAACUUAUUCACUUUUUUCUCUUUCAUUUCCUUUGCAACAAAAAUGUCACGAACAUCAACAAAACAAAGCACGGAAAAAAUCAUACACUGAAUAAAUAAUUAAAAAAGCACGGAGAAAGAUUGUUUCGGAAUAGUGAAUGGUUCAAACGUAAGAAAAACAGUAUAAUAUAUUGUUACAUAAAGAUCGGAUGUAAAUGUAUAGUAGCUACCAAUGUGUACAGCUUUUAGCGAACCAUUCCAUUACAAUACACUAUAUUGUAGCUGGUACACUGUAUGGUACAGGAAUGGUUUUCACCAAAUACCCUAUGGUUAGUUUUUAUCCGGGUUGUGAGACGAAAGUUUACAAUUUUUUUCAUCAUUUGCCAUCAAAAUCUCAAAAAUGACCAAUUUUGAGUUCCUGCAAUAGGAAACCGACGAUAUGUAGAAGUAUGGGUAAUUUGAUGAUCCCUAUUGUCUCCUUUUCAUUGAAAAAAGGGUCCUAUAUCAAUAUGUUCAGACCGCUUUUCAUCUGUCCGUCUGACCAUCCAUACGUUGAUGUUCUUUAGAAGCUCUUAGUAGAACUCGAGAAGCUCGCUGUUUACUGAUUUUCCACUUGUUGGUUAUUUUUAUUCCAUUUUUCUACCCCAUGCCCAGUCCCUUUGUUCCACAGCAGUGUUAUUUAUGUUGCGGUCAGUUUAAUUUGUUGAUCGUUAUAGUUCUACGAAUAUGUUGAAGCAGCAAGCGGUAAUUGUCUUCAGGUACCCCAAAGUUUAACCCUUAACGAACCUGUGGUACUUGUUCAGUUGACAGUUCUGAUAAUAAUGCCCUCUAGAUAAGCACGGCCUACUCAGUUAUUUACAAAACUACCACAUCUCCUUUUGUGUAAGAAGUAAUUAACUUUCAGUUGACUUUAAAUGCAUUUAGAGCUCCUUUCAACGUUUACUGUAAAAUUUAUCCAGACACAUCUCUAGAAUUUUUUUUAUUGUGUGACCACCGUAAAGUUCAUACCCGUAAACUACCCUUCACUAAUUCUGAAAGAAUUUUAACUUGAAGCACCUCCUUCUUGAAGAUAUGAUCAUUCCAAAGGCUUUCUUUCGACUUAGAAAAUUUCUACCAGGGAUCGGUCAAGAAAUCCAUCGAUCGAUUCUUUCUGAACACUAAUCAGGCCUAAUUCGUAUUAAAUUUCCAAUAAUAGGCUCCUAAAGGCCUAUCUCAAUUUUUGCAUAAAUCGGUCAAGCAUUGAGUAAUAUGACAUAUUUACUAAUUUUUCAUGUAUUCCUAUCAAGUAAAGCCCAUUAAAUAACUUUUUGAAAAAUUUGAUAAUCUUUAAAACUCUUUUUGUUUAACACUCAAUUUUGAAUAAAUUCUGUUUAUCGUGAAUGUCAAACAGGAACAUUUGUUGUCAAAAGUGAGCCAAUGUGAUUUCUUUUGCAACCCGUCGCACAGUGGUUCCAUUUGUUCAGGGAAGCGGUCAUAAAUCAUUUUCUUCGUUUUUUGAAGGGCAGAAUUAUUAUAAGUGAUCAGAAAUAGCAUGUUAUGACUGAAAAAGGAUAUUCCAGUUCAUUUUCAUGAUCAUCACUGUUGUAUAGACUACAGCAUGAUGAUCUUAGGUGGCGAUGAGAAGGCAUUGAUUAUGGAUAAAUGUCAGAAAAAUGAAAACGCAUUUCAGUUCUUCAACGAACGUUAAACAGUGAAGACACACGAAUGCGAAGAGCUGCCACAACGUCUGGUAUUCCAAUGAAGAAUGAAGACUGGAAGAGGACCUUGGAGAACCUCCGGUCACAACAAUCACUUGAAAAAUAUGAACUUUGAACAUUUUUAUUUAUGAUAAAUGAAAAUAUCAUUAAAAAAAAACCUUUAUUUUGCACAGAAAUCAGUAAUCAAAUAUUUUUAUUAUUAUGAAGAGUGGGUUGAAUUCUGAGGAAUUUCUGCUAAGUAUUGCACAUUAAAACAUGUAUAGCACGACUGUAUCAUAAUAGAUUCUUGUGAAUAGAAUCAGUAUUAGCAUUAUAAUUGUGAUUUUAUUAGUAGGUUCUAUUUCUACUGCAAUAACAUAAAUAUAUGAAACUGAAUAUUUUUUUCAGAAAUAAGGUAGUUUGCAUUGUCGAAACACAAAAAAAUCAUCACAUAUCGAAUUAGUAUGUAUAACUACAGUUCCUAAUGCCCAAAAGCGAUAAUUGUGUAACAAUAGUAACAAUAGUGCAAUUACAGAAUCAAUUACUUCUAAAAUUAUUUCAAACAAAUAUUCAGGAUUAAUGCACAAAACGUACGUAAAAGGAAUUUUUUCAACCAUACAAAUAUUGCUUUACACAGUUAUAUGUCAUAUAAUUCAUGGGCCUGCGUUUGGCACAAUAAAAAAGAUUCAAGUAUCUGUCGUAUUUGUUUCUUACAAUUGCAUUGCAACUGCUAUCCAGUAAUAUAGUACAUAGAAUUUUAAUCAUGUAUAGCUCUAACCCAAUAAAAAAAAAUAUACAAAUACCCCUCGUCAUUGCAAUUUAAUCAGUGCCUGCUAUUUCAAAAGAAAUCAAUUUGUACUCUAAGAUUUAACGUUAAUGGAUUUAUCAAAUAUUCCGAUUUGGGAAGGGAAUAUGAGGAGUAAAUACGCUCUUUUAGUAAAUAUUACUAAAAGAGCGUAUUUACUCCUUCUUCUUCCAGCACUACAGUAUUAGGUACUGAAUGGAUUUUGAGGAAAUUUUUUAAAUGUUGGCAGUAAAUGCAAAACUUCUUAUCAAAUUCGACAAUUACAGAGGUAAGUUUUGACGAUUGGCCCCAUUGGCCCAAAAACACCCAGAUCCGGUUUUUAGCGCUUCGAAUUGUAAGAUAAACAUCUAUUCUGACUCUCUGCGUUGAAAACCAAUUGAAAAUCGACUUGCUUUUGUUAUACGAAGACACGGAGUACAACUCAAAAGUCAUGUGAUUUUUCAACAAAUUUAAAAAUUGUGAAAUUGCAUAACAAUAGCCACGCUCUCACGCAAAAUAUGCAACAGAAACUUACAUAAAAAUGGAUUUUCUGCAUUCUUGGGAACAUUAUUGAUUUAUAAAAAUUAUACAAACUCAUAAAUUAGGCAAUCAAUUUUUCGAUUUUUGGCCUAUGGCGGUACCACUGUGCGUCGGUCCACUUUCGUUACGUCAAGGUUGAUCUCGAAUGUCAAAAAAGAACUGUUUACCAUUAUUUUAUGUUCGAGUUUAUUAACUAUUCUUUCAUUGUUUAAGUUCGGAAAAAAAUCUAUUGAGAUCAGAAUAGCAUGCUUUUUCGUGUUAUACAACAAAUCGGGGAAAUAUUUUUCAUUUUAGGAGCCUAUUAUCCGAAAGUUAAGCAAAUCAUUAUUACCUUGCCAUCAUAUGUUGAUCCGCUGCUUCGAUAUCGCCAUCCUCUGAGAGGAGAUCUUAUUGCCAGCUCCGGCCGGAAUUCCAUCCGCCGCUUUGGCGUCUCCCUCCUUUGAGGCGAGACAUUAUUGCCUGCUCCGGUAGGAUUUUCAUCCACCGCUAAGGCAUCUCCCUCUUUCGAGGCGAGAUUUUCCGAAUUCCCUCAAAGUCUGAUCCGAUCAGAUGCUAUCCGUCGGAAAGUCAGACUGUUCAUAUUUACCUUCAACUGUUGGCUCAAUUUAUCUUGAAUUCUGUAGACUGCACCAGCAAACCUUGCACCAACUGCUUGCUUGAGAUCUUCAGUUCUGAAGUGUGGAGGACUCCAUGUUUCAAUUUGGCUCACACCGACCAUCUUUCGAACAAUAAUUAUUCUUCAUUCGUUGCUGCCACCAGGAAUUUAUUUCGCUUCUGAAAUUCUUCGCAAUGGGUUCUUCUCGUCGCCAUUGUGGUACUUGUUCAGUUGACAGUUCUGAUAAUAAUGCCCUCUAGAUAAGCAAGGCCUACUCAGUUAUUUACAAAACUACCACAGAACCCCUUUUUUCAAACGGCUAUUACUCAAAGACCAUACAAUCAAAAAAUUGAAACUAAUUUUAAAUACAAGCUGUACCCAGAGCCGUAGCGUGGGGUUGGCCAGGUUGGCCCCCGCCAAGGGCGCCAGCCUCUAAGGGACGCCGAAAUAGUCUAAGGCUAGAAUGAACAGUAUGAUGCUAUUGGUUUCUUGUAUGUUACCAAGACUUCAAAAUUUCGAAGAUUGAUCGAGUGUUUUUUUACAUUACGUUUUCCUCAAAAAUUCGUUCUCUAGAUUAUUUAUCAUGAUGUUACCUGGGAAUUCAGCUUGUUUUUUAUUUCAAGAAGUUAUUUUAGUUGUUUUUUAAAGAGCAAAGCAAAAUCAAUAAGUUUUCGAUUUUCUAGUGAAAGUUUUUCUUUGAAAAUUACUGGAAACUUAUUUAUUAACAUAUUUUAGAGUGUUUACAACAAGUAUUUUAAAUGAAAAAUAUUCAGACGAUGCUUUUUCUGGUCUAAGACGAUUGUUAUUACCAAUAAAUGUUUCUUUAGGCUUAAACUCUUGUAAAUCUAACAGAAAUAAUUCAAGUCGUAUUCACCCACAAAACAAUCAGUGAUUUUUUUAUGUUCAUUCCCUUAAAAUAAAAAGAAAAUCUUCUAUGAAACUGUACCUUGCUCACUAGGGAUUGUUCCAUAAAUUUCUGCUAGAAUUUCACUAGGAAACUUUUCAUGAAUGUCUUCAUAAAUUCCUCCAUAAAAUUAUAAAUUUGGAAUUAUUUCUGAAAUUUCCACAGGUUUUCCGUUAGAAAAUCUGCCAUUAACUUCAUCCAAAAUUUAUCCAAAGCUUUCUUCUGAAAGCCAUCCAUAGAUUCCUUCAGAAAUC